AUGAGACUGUGCAUUGAUUAUCGUGAGUUAAACCAAGUAACGAUCAAGAACAAAUAUCCACUACCAAGGAUCGACGACUUGUUCGACCAACUCAGAGGUGCAGGGGUAUUCUCCAAGAUUGAUCUAAGGUCAGGCUAUCAUCAGUUGAAGGUGACGGAUAAGGACAUACAUAAGACUGCGUUCAGAACUCGCUAUGGACACUACGAGUUCACGGUGAUGCCGUUUGGAUUGACUAAUGCACCAACAGCGUUCAUGGAUCUGAUGAAUCGGGUAUUCAAACCUCACCUUGACAACUUUGUGAUCGUGUUUAUUGAUGACAUACUCGUCUACUCUCGGGAUAGAGAAGAACAUGAAGGGCAUCUCCGGAUAGUAUUCCAGACUUUACGGGAAAAGCAAUUGUACGCCAAGCUCUCGAAAUGCGAAUUUUGGAAGGAUAGCGUGGAGUUCUUGGGACAUGUAAUCAACAACAACGGUAUCUCGGUCGAUCCGGAUAAGAUUCGGGCGGUGAAAGAGUGGGUUGUGCCGACAACAGUGGCAGAAGUAAGGAGUUUCUUGGGGUUAGCUAGGUAUUACCGAAGAUUUGUGUUGGAUUUUGCCAAAGUGGCCUAG